AUAGAGAAAUAUGGCGACGAGAUCAACUGCGCAAGAAGAAAUGUUAUCAACACAAGAAAAGUUAAUCCUCACUGGACAGUUUAUCAAGAUAUACUGGAAAAUAUUGUUUGCAAUAACCUGGGCUUUGAUACUGAUUCCACCUCUGCUCGCUUAUAAUUAUCCGGAAACUAGAUGCGCCUACACUGUAUUAGUGAUGGCUGGAUAUUGGAUCACUGAAUGUUUCCCCAUGGCAGUUACCUCGUUGGUUCCACUGGUGUUAUUCCCAAUAUUUGGAAUAUUAAGCACAGCAGAUACUUGUGCUUGUUACAUGAACGACACUAUAAUGGUGUUCAUAGGAGGUUUGGUUCUUGCUGUCGCAAUUGAACACAGUAAUUUACAUCUACGAAUCGCCCUUGGGGUGAUGAGAACAGUCGGCUGUACUCAUGGAAAAUUACUUGGCGGUCUUUGUGUUGUAACUACUUUCAUAUCCAUGUGGGUUUCAAAUACUGCAGCAACUGCCAUGAUGGUGCCAAUCAUAUUUGCAGUUUUGAAUGAAUUAGAACAGGUGCGAUAUCUAAUUUUAUUCUCUUCUCUUUUUAAUUCUCUUCUUGUGUUACUUAUCAUGUUCUUUUCAGGCUGGACUCUGCCACGUCUUCGAAGAGGUACCGAUUCCUCCGGGAUCAACGGACCCACCGUAAGAUAUGAAACGUCUGAUUCUAACAUUACACAUCAUAGGGAACGGGAACCGACCAGGAUAACGAAAGCUUAUUUAAUGGCCGCAGCGUACUGUUCAACUUUCGGAGGUACAGGAACGCUCGUAGGUACCGGUACUAAUCUCACUUUCAAAGGUAUUUUCGAAAGCACAUUUCCUGAAUCCGAGGGAAUUAGUUUCACGCAGUGGAUGAUAGCACAAAUGCCACAAAUGAUUAUUAAUACCUUUUUAACGUGGCUAUACCUUCAGCUAAUGUUCAUGGGUUUAUUUAGACCCCAUAGCAAAGAUGCACAGAUAGCGAAUAUUGGAACCGAAGGAGAAACGAUUACUAAUCAAGUAAUACAGGAAAGAUACAAAGAACUAGGUGGCAUUACGUUUCACGAAGCAGCAGUUUCUGUCCUUUUUAUUACCUGUAUAUUUUUAUGGUUAUUCCGAAAACCAGGCUUCAUACGAGGAUGGUCUGAAGCAAUAACAGAAAUGUUAAAUAUUUGUUUACAUACGGUUCAUUUAUCUCUCAUAAUGAAAAAGAGCUCGCGCACGUAUAAAUACAUAUUCACUGUGCACCUUUACUCAUCUAUGAUUUUCAUUAACAGAGAUGUUCGAGAUUCAACGCCUGUUAUAUUCAUAUCUAUCAUGAUGUUUUUCAUUCCGAAAAAUUUGGAUUUUCUUCGUAGCUACAACAAAGACCCCGGUGAGAGACCCGUCAAAUCUUCAGAAGGUUUGGUCACAUGGGACGUGAUCCAAAGAAACAUGCCUUGGAGUUUAAUGUUCCUUUUGGGCGGUGGAUUCGCGAUAUCCAGAGGCAGCAUUGCUUCCGGUUUGGCAAAAAAGAUCGGCGAGACGUUGGUACCGCUACGAUACUUGCCCCCUAUAUUGAUCAUGCUGUUUGUUUGUUUGUUUAUUGGCACUAUUACGGAGUUCACUUCCAAUGUCGGUAUCGCAAACAUUACUUUACCAGUCGUUGCACAAAUGUGUGUUGCAAUGGAGAUGCAUCCCAUGUAUUUAAUGGUACCAGCUGCUAUAUCAUGUUCUUACUCUUUUCGAUUACCAGUUGGUACACCCCCAAAUGCAAUCAUAUCAGUCGUCGGGCAACUUCCAACCAAAUGGCUAAUAAUAGGAGGUUGCGCUCCUUCUAUAUUCGCUCUCAUAGUAAAUAUUACUUGCUUUGCUAUAUGGGGUACUUUAAUUUUUGAUGUCAAAGGAUUUCCAGACUGGGCUAAAAGCAAUCACCCAGUCAAAGGAAACCCAUGAAAUUUAUUUAUUUCAAUCUUCCCUUUUUUCGUUCUGUCUUUUCUCUCAGUUCUCUUAUGCUUGUAACAUAUAUCGUGUUUCAUUCAUUUCU